UGUAUCGCCUUCCUGACGAGAUAUUAUUGCGUAUUUUUACAUUUCUUGUCAACGAUGUUAAGCAAUUAAUAAGAAUUAGUCAAUUAUCUAAACGCUUUUAUAGAAUAAUUCAAGAUCCCAAAUUAUGGUAUUCAGCAUUUCAAUCAAGGUAUCCUAUUUGGGGUAAUCAAGUAGCCUAUGUUUCAAACUCAAAGCAUUUAAUUGAUUGGAAAGACUUUGUUAUUCAUCUUAUAAAGCAACAAAAGGCAACCCAUGAAUUUUCUUUUGAAUUUGUUCAAGAACAGUUACAAAAUCAAACUUCAGCAGGAUUAUUUAAAACUGGUCGUAAACGAAGAAUAAUGGAUAACGAUAAUGGAAUAACAACAGCUACGGAUACCGCUAUACCUACUUUAUUACAAGACGAACAUGAGGAUGUUUCAAUACCCUUUUGGAUCCAAGAUCCAUUAGUAGUAGAUAUUGAUCGUAUUAGUAAAACAGGUAUUGUGGCAACUGGCAAACAUCGACGACGUAUCAACAACUAUGGCCACCUUCAUUCAGAACAUAAAAUUUUAUUCUGGGAAUACCCUUCAUGGAGAUUGAUUCGAACAUUUCAUUUGAAUUUAAGUCCAUCCGCAUUAACAUGUCAAAUUAUUGGUAUUCAAACAAUUCGAAUGCCCAAUACUAACGGAAAGGGAACACAAAAAGUGAGAUUCUUUUCGUUAGCUGUUGGUCAAGCUUUAAUGAAUGGUAUGGAUGCAAAUGAUGGGAAUGAAGAUAGAGUGGAUGUCUGGAAGGCCUUGUUUAUAUAUCGGCUAUUUCAAGAUGGCUCUACUCAAUGCGUUGCACAUAUCAAGAUUGCUGAUUUAUUCUUAGGACGAGAGGUCUUUUUAUUUUCUGAUACAUCUUGGUGUCAAUUAAGUGAUGGUGAUCUUCAUGACGACUUGACCACAACUUCUUCUAAUAGCUCAUCUAAAUUGAAGGAUUGGUUGAGAAUUGUUUCCCCUGAAAAUGUUGACUUUAAUCCUCGUUUUACUGUAUUUUUGAUAGCAAUGGGACCUAUCUUUGAGCGUAUUACAGGAUGUGUGCAAAUGGCUCGAUUUGAUAUUCGUGGACAGCAUAAUAUACUAGACCCUUCAUUAGUACCUGUCAUCUGGGAUGAUCUCAGUCACAGCUUAAAGCCCUUUAUGAUAAAAGAGGAUAACUAUACAAGGACUGAAAAAGGAGAAGAAUGGUUUUCCUAUAAACAACCAACAGAAAUGAUGCAUUCCAUUCGCUUAGGUAUGAAUGUCAGCUGUAUGAUUCAUUUUAGAUAUCCUCCCGAGUUGAAUCAUUUGAUUUGUACAGGAAGUUAUUCAGAUGACGAAUUAUCGAUUUAUGAUUGGCGUUUUGGUAUCAAAGUAGGAGUUUUACCUUGGAAGACAGUUUUAGUUAACAAUGAAGAUAAUGAUUCUGAUUUUUUUACAAAUCCAUCAUCAUUAACAGAAUUACACAAUAAUAAUACUUUAGUCACGCAACCGCCCCGACAUAUACCUUUCGUAAGAAGAAGAAGUCUACAGCAACCAAUGAUACAUGCAUUAAAUAACGCAGUGGAAGAGGAAAGGCAGUUUAUUAUAGACUUCAACAAUGGUCAUAACGAACUUUUGAUACCUGAUGAAGAAGAAGAUAAUGAUGAUGAUGACGAUGACAACGACGACGACGACGACGACGACGACGACGACGAUGAUGAUGACGACGAUGAUGAUGAUGAUAAUUUAGGGACAUUAAUAGAUGUUCGUCCUUGGGGAUUAGAAUGUACACUUGUUUUACCUCCUUAUUGGUCAACAGUAGAUAAAAAUAAUACUAUUAACUCAUUAGCUGAAUAUGGAUUCCGCUUGAUUGCUGUCGGUGAUAAUAGAAAUGAUAAUACAAAGGAUAAAUUAGAGAUUAAAGUAUGGGAUAUAUCUUAUUUACUACGAGUCAAAUGGAAUCCAUUGGCAUCAAAUAAUGAUAACUAUGAUCAACAUAAUGAGGACUAUAACAGUAGUUUAAUGUUUGAGUUAUCACAAAAAUUUUCAUGGUGGCCAAGGCGUACAACAGAACUUUCACGAUUAGCCAUGAAUAUGGUAGGGCAACCCUUACAUAUAGUAUCAACAAAUAUGUCUUCACGUUUUAUGAGAAGAAGACGACAGAUAGAGGCAGCAGCAAGAGCAAAAUCUGCUCGAUUACCUUAUUCUCCACCUGACGGAUUUCAAUCCAUGAUUUUAGCACAUACAUUUGAUAAAGAUAGUUAUCAGCAACGAGAUAUCAUGCCUGUAAAAUAUACCGCUUAUAACGUUUUAUAUACUUCAUUGUUUCUUUUGACCGAAGAUGGAAAAAUGACAGUUAUGGAUAUAGAAAGUGGUGAAAUCACAGGAACUGUGGAUAACGUGGCUGCGACGGCUUCUUCUAUUGCUAGCAAUAAUAAUAAUAGUAAUCAUACUGUUUCAAGCCGUGUGAAAGGAAUAGAUGUAAAUGUUAUUGGUGGGAAAGAGGUAGUUGUUACUAGUAGAGAAGGCUUAUUAAGAGGAACAGUGUUCUAAUUAUCCUUAUGUAUUUUAUAAUGUUGUAAAUAAUAAAUAUGUAUAAUCAAUAUUUAUAUAUCUA